AUGAAAUCACUCAAACCCAUUCUCAAGUCCUCGUCGUUCCAAGCAAGAGGUACCUCUUGUAUGCUCGGAACCAAAGCUUCUUCCAGCUGCCAAGGAAGCUCUUCCUUUUGUUUGCUCUCUCCUGUUCUUCAGAAUCAUCAUCAUCAGAAUAAUAAUAUUCGCUCGUUCCAUCGUUCCAUUCCGAUCCCUCAAAACAACCACACAGAUCCCUCUCAAUAUGUCUUGUUUGAAGAGAUUCCAUUGCAGGAAUGUAUUGCCAUGUUGGAGAGGGAUGAUCCCAAACGAGCAGCCGAACAAAAAGCAAACAAAAUUGAACAUCUUUCCUCGUCUCAACAUCGAGGAGAGUUUAGUGCCAAACAAACCAAAACGAUCGGAGUGGUAACGAUUAAUCGUCCUGAGAAGAUGAAUUCCUUGUGCCCGGAAACAGCUGUUCAAUUCAAAGCCUUAUUUGAGAGUGAAAAGAUUCAAGGAAAUCGAAAUUUGGCUGCAGUGGUUCUCAUGGGAGCACCUCCUCCACCACCCAUUCAAAUGGAAGAUGGAUCAGUGAAACAAGUUCAUGCUGCCUUCUCGGCUGGAGGUGAUUAUGACUUUUUGUUGGAAAGAACAGAUGACACACCAUUCAACAAUGCAGUAAGAAUGAGCAAAUUUUAUGACAGUUUCUUGUCGCCCAUGUUAAGGGUGUGUCCGUCUCCAGUCAUUGCCUGUAUUAAUGGUCAUGCUGUAGGUGCUGGUCUUGGUUUAGCCUGUGCUGCAGAUAUUCGAGUGAUGGAAGCAUCAGCAAAGAUGUCCUUUAAUUUUGUUAAAAUUGGUUUGUCUCCUGGAAUGGGAGCCUCUCACAUUUUGCCUUAUUUGGUUGGCCAUCAAGUGGCAUCCUACAUGUUGCUUACUGGUGAUUUAAUUACAGCAGAAAAAGCCAAAGAAUUUGGUGUGGUAUUGGAGGUGUUACAAGGCCAAAAAGCCGUGAAACAUCGAGCUUUUGAAAUUGCUGUUCAAAUUGCAAAGAGCUCCCAUAUUGCAUCCUUACUAUGUCUGCAUUCUUUGAGAGUACAAAAAUUAGCAGGCAUUACAGCUUGCAUGUACAGGGAAUCAGACGCUCAAGUUCAAUCUUUUGCAGACGAGGAAUUGAGACAACAUUUGUUGGAAAUGAAAAAUAAGGAAGAAGCUAGAUUGAAAUCAAAGGAGAAACCAAAACCAAACAAUUAA